CUGUCGCGCAUGCGCACUGCUCGUUGUUGCCGGCAAGAUGGCGGCUCGCUGCUCCUCGCGCUGGUUCGCAGUUGCAGUGUCCGGGGCGAGGGGGCAGCUGCUGCCGGGUGUACGCCGAUGGCCCCGGGGCGAGGGGGCCCAGCUGCUGGCUCUGCGAGCGUUGGGGGCCCGGAUCCUCGCGGGAGGACACGUCUCACCAUUUCACACAAGUUCAUCCGCCUGCAACAAAGCCGAUUAUUACCAGGUCCUGGGGGUGCCGAGGAAUGCCAGCCAGAAAGAAAUAAAGAAGGCCUACUACCAGCUGGCCAAAAAAUACCAUCCUGACACCAAUAAAGAAGACCCUCAGGCCAAGGAAAAGUUCUCUAAGUUGGCUGAAGCAUAUGAGGUUCUGAGCGAUGAAUUUAAACGGAAGCAGUAUGACGCAUAUGGCACUGCUGAUUUUGCCGCAGGUGCCAGCGGAGGUGGGCAGCAAUACUGGAGGGGCGGCCCCACCGUAGAUCCAGAAGAACUUUUCCGCAAGAUCUUCGGGGAGUUUUCCGGCGGCUCUUCGUUUGGUGGCUUCAACAAUAUUUUCGAGCAGCCCCAUGAGUUCAUCAUGGACCUCACCUUUACCCAGGCAGCUAAGGGUGUCAACAAGGAGAUGACUAUUAACAUCACAGACACGUGUCCGAGGUGCAAUGGCAAAGGAAAUGAGCCUGGCACGAAAGUUCAGCAUUGCCACUAUUGCAAUGGCACCGGCAUGGAGACGAUUAAUACUGGCCCCUUUGUCAUGAGAUCGACAUGUCGGCGAUGUGGCGGAAGGGGGACCACAAUGACAAAUCCUUGCCUAUCCUGUCGGGGUAGCGGAGAGACCAAACAGAAGAAGACGGUGACUGUGCCAGUGCCUGCGGGUGUGGAGGACGGACAGACUGUUCGAAUGCCAGUGGGGAAGAAAGAAAUUUUCAUCACAUUUCGGGUGCAGAAAAGUCCGAUCUUCCGACGUGAUGGAGCAGACAUCCACUCAGACCUGUUAAUUUCAAUCGCUCAAGCUGUCCUGGGAGGCACUUCCAGGACACAAGGCCUUUAUGAACCCAUCAGUGUUGUUAUCCCACCUGGUACGCAACCAGAUCAGCGAAUUAGAAUCAGCGGCAAAGGCAUACCGAGAAUGAACAGUUACGGCUUUGGAGAUCACUACAUUCACAUCAAGCUAAAGAUUCCAAGAAAUCUGUCAGACAAACAGCGGACGCUAAUGGUGAGCUUCGCAGAGGAGGAAACAGACGUGGAAGGCACAGUAAAUGGCAUAACCAACACAACAGCAGGAAAGAGAUCAACAGGAAACUAGGAG